GUAGAACAUUCUUCGAGGAUUCAAGCUAGUGCGAGAUGUAUUCAUCACACAAGGGGCUUUGUUCACUUUACAUCGAAUCGUGCCUGAGUUGAUCGAAUGGGAAGAAGUGGAACCUUCAUCGGCGUUUUUCCCGGAUCUCCUUGACAUGUCUCUUUCUGCAAAUUAGGUGGGUGCUCAAACCUUCGAUGGCAGCGGCGGAGGUGCUGGGCUUUUCUGUCGUUCUCUACGAUUUUGUUGGCGGUCGGAGCGAUGGGGGAAGAGAGGAGAGGAGACGAAGUAGCGCGAUGAAUGAGGUUUGGGCAGGGGGUAUGUUGAGAGAUAUACCCGAAAUCGCAAAGUUUUUUUUCUGUUCAAAAUGAAAAAAGGAAAGGAAAAUGAUAAUAGGUGGAAAUUAAUAAAAAUUGUCUUUGUAUUUGUUUACACCACUUUACUGUGAUCAUAUGUUUCUUUUUUCUUUUGUGGGAAUGAUUAAUUAAAAGGCUUAGUACUAGUACACGUAAUUGUUGUAAAUAUGACAUUGCUAAUUGCUAUGCCCUAGUAGGAGGCUAGGUAUAAUUGUCCAUUAUUAUGUGUUAGUUUACAUCAAUUAGUGAUGAAUUAUACGGUUUUGUACAAUUCUCUCUCACCUAAAAAAAAUGCUGAGAGUUGCUCUCGCCUCUCUCCUCUGCCUUUGCCGUCUGCUCGGCAGGUUGCUCUUCGUAGCUGUGCAAGAAUUCCUGACUGCGAGCAUACAGAAUCAAGCUCAGGGAUGGUUCAAGAAGGGAACACCUUCAGAUCAGGCAAUAAAGCCGUCGUUUUAUCCCAGUCGAGAUGAACCUGGGAAUGGAAUUGACAGUUCUGGUUGGCGCGACAAGCAAUACUCUCAGAGCAGGAGUUUGAAACGCAAGCCUGGGAUUUAUAUGGCGGAGUGUGAUAUAAACCACUCCUGUAAGAAGAAGAACCGCAACACAUUGCGCAAAAUGAUGUGGAGAUUUAAACUCCCAUCAUCGGACGAGCUGGAAUGCACGGACAUGGUCUGCAUCCCCUCGUACCAAUCAACUCGUGAUCCUCCCAAGGAAAGUCCGAUGGGGGUUCCGAUGGACAAUCCCCCCCUCCACCGACUGCUUGUGCCCUAACGCUUCGGAGAACAGAGAGACGGCCAUGGCGGCGCUGGAGUCCCAUCGACAUAAGUGGCUGAUUCCCGACAGUAGUCCGGACCGACGCGAACAAUCGCGGCGGCGGAACGAGCCCCGGCAAAAAUCAUUUAUGGUUGCGCAGUAUUGUCCUGGAAUUCAUGGGGACUGGGAUUACGGAUUUCGCGGUGUGCAAGGGAGGGAUUUCGCCCCGUAGAAUCCGCCGCUGCAACAACAACUUGGAUUUUAUUUUUUAUUUUUAAUAAGAUAAAUACUUUGAA